AUGCAAGGGCUGCACAUGGACCGGGUCACGUACUGCAAGUACGGCUUCCGCUACAAGAAGCCCACGGCCAUCUGGCACAACCUGCCCUGGACCCCCUCCCAGGGGCCCUGCCGCAAGGGCGACCGCUGCGAGGCCUUCCAAGGAACUCGUCACCCAGAGGCCGCGCAGCGAGGGCCCACCAAGGGGCGGCAGGGGAGCAACUCGCGGGACCAGCUCUACUCCAUCCCGCCUGUGCGUCUCUUCAAGACGCCUGAGUACUCCGUCAAGCAGCCGCCUGACCCCGUGGUUUGCAAGCCCCCCGCCAACGGUAUUUUGUGUGCUCCAUCUGCAAGCGGAAAGACGGUACUCCUUGUGAGCAUGAUUUUGGAGCAAUACCGGGGCUGCUUCGAGCGCAUCUAUAUCUUCUCACCCUCGGUAGAGGUCGAUUCUGCCUGGCAGCCCGUUAAGGACUAUAUCCGAGACGAGCUGGGCGUGAAUACGGACCGGGAGCAGUGCUGGUGGGAGGAUUGGGACGAAGCGGCGCUGCGGAAGAUCAUCGCCGACCAGAAGCGCAUCACCCAGAAGAGCAAGGAGCUGGGCCUGAAGAAGCUGUACCAGGUUUUGGUCGUUCUAGAUGACCAUGCCGAUAAUCCUGCGGUGCACCGCAAGACGGGAGAUGGCGUUUUGGACACCCUGUUCAUCAGGGGCAGACAUUUUUGCAUCAACACCUGGGUCUCGACCCAGAAGCUUCGGCUCAUGAGCAGCGCGGUGCGGGUCAAUGUGAUGUUCUACUGCGUCUUCCGGUUGCGAAACCAACUGGAGCUGGAUGCCUUGGUGGAGGAGCUGAGCGCCAUGCUCCCGAAAGAAACCCUUUACGCCAUGUACGAGGAGGCCACCAGGGAGCCCUACAGCUUCUGGUUCGUUAACCUCCGCGCGCCCAAGGAAGACAUGUUUUGGGUGCGCUUCGACCGGAAGUUCUUGCUGAAUGGGGACGCUCCUGAGCCAGAUGGCGGCCAAGUUGUUGGGGGGAGGCCCCGGCAAACCUCCGAUGGCUCCAACGCCAGCGAGUUCUCGGCGCGGCCCACCCGGUUUUUCAGGCGCCGUUCUAAAAAGGGCAUGACGAGUAUCUACGUGGACUCGCGCCUCCGCGCGGAGGGCACGGACAGCAGCUUCUCCUUCGACAUCGGUGAGAGUGUGCACAUUCAAUCCGGCGCCAAACUUGCGGUGUACAAGGUCCGCGUUGCUGACGCCUUUUUGAGCACGGACCGCGGGACGUUCUUGUACUGGGAGGACACGGUCGCCGGCACCCUGCAUUACGCGGAGCUCCCGGUGGGGGCGUACACAGGGCCGCGAUUGGCUGCGUGGAUCAGCAGCAACUUCGCUUCCGCCAGCUACACCGCCGAGACAAAUGAGCUCGACGUGACCUACGACGGCGUGCGCCUCAUCCUCAACGAUGCCGAGCUCCGGCAACGCUUCCCAGGCACGGCCCCCUACCCGCCGGGCGCCUCCCCGGAGCUGGAAGUGCUGCUCCGCCCCAAACUCCUGCAUCCCGUUCAAGGUCUGGAUGUCGGGGGCCGAGCUGGGUCGGGAGGCGUCCGUGUCGGUUCCUCCGCCUCCACCCCAGCCCAAAAGGUGCUCUGCCGCCACCAUGCCGCCGUGCAGUGCCCAUGCGGUUCCCACGAGUGCGGCCGCCCCGCCUGCCACAGCCAAGCCCCCCGCCGCUGCUCCCAUGCCCGCAGCGGUGCCCAAUGCUGCCUCGCCAAACAGCGCAAGCGCGCCCGGACCCGCUGCGGCCUCUGCAGCACCUGCCGCUUCUGCAGCCCCCGCAGCCAUUUCUGCUGUGGAAGCGAAGCCCUCGGUCGCCUCCGCCUCGGCCACCUGCUCGCUCAUGAACUGCUCGAUGUCUCGGGCUGCCGCCCUCUCCACCUCCUGGGCUCGCUGUCCCGCCCGCUCCAGAAGCGGCUCGACUUGACUUGGCCGGCCGAUGAUUUGGGGUGGAGCUACUUCGUCGGGCGGGGGCGCGAGGCCCUCGGGCGUGCGCGGAAUGCGUAG